AGUGUCAUAAAAUGAGAAUCCCUACGAAGUUCGUGAACACGCCCAGUUUAGUGUACCUCAGUAUCAAUGGCGGAGCUGCAGAAAGAGGAGAGUGUGCAACUGUAUCAGGAGGACGCUGACAACAGUGGUUCAACAGCAGGUGAAGCAAAGGCAGAUCAUGAAGAAUCAAACAUUCAGCAGUGUGAUGAAGGAAAGGAAGCAGAGGAUGCAACCAACAAAGAUCCCAAGGAUGAAUCAGGUGCCAGCAACACCUCCACAUCAUCCACAGCUGCAGCAGAGAAACACAUUUCCAUUCAGGCUCAGUUGACAGACCUAGAGAAUCUGACAGAUCUUGAUGAAACUGGUAAGAAGUUAUGCCCUCUGUGCUCUGAAGAGAAGUUUAAAGCCUGCUACAAUCACAAACUACGGCGUCACUUACAGAAUCUGCACUGGAAAGUCUCAGUGGAGUUUGAAGGACACAGAAUGUGCAUCUGUCAUCUGCCUUGCCGACAACUGAAACCUAGCCUUAAUGGAGACCAGUGUUCAAGUCGGCUAGGAGCACAUUACCACUGCAUUGUGUGCUCAGCCACCGUCUCUCGCAGAACUGACAUGAUCAGCCACCUUAAACGGCAUGUGAACAAGGGGGAGACCGAGGCCAGUUACACAGGAGGUCCAGACUCUUCAACAGAAACAAAAGUUUCUGGCAAACAGUCCUUCUGUGAAAUACUGAAAGAAUCGGACACCAACGUCCAGGUCCUUCCAAACUACAGCACUCCACAAAACAGUGACUCCUACUUCAGCUGCAAAAUGAAAACAAACAGACAGUUGGUCUUCUGUGCCCUGGCAGUUCUGUCAGAGGAACGCAGUCCGCUGGAGUGUCUCGAUGCUUUUGGAGCCACAGGAAUCAUGGGGCUGCAGUGGGCACAGCACCUGUGCAGCACGGUGAAGGUCACCAUCAAUGACAUCAAUGAGACGUCUGUGAAGAUGAUCCGUGAAAACUGCCACCUGAACCACAUGAGGGUGCAAGGGGAAAACGAUGACAGCGAGGGGGAGGAGCUUGACGAGGAGCCACUCUCCACCAUCGAGGUCACCAAGAUGGAUGCCAACGUCCUGAUGCACCUUCGUGCCUUUGACUUCAUACACCUGGACCCGUAUGGUACGGCAGUAAAUUACCUGGAUGCAGCGUUCAGGAACGUCAGGAAUCUGGGAAUCGUGUCAGUGACAUCCACAGACACCAGCUCUCUCUACUCUAAAACUCUGAAUGUGACGCUGAGACACUACUCCUGUCACAUCAUCAGGACAGAGUACUACAAAGAGCUUGCCGCCAGAAUGGUCAUAGCCACUGUGGCAAGGGCUGCAGCACGCUGUAACAAGGGCAUCAAGGUGCUGCUGGCGGUGGCCCUGGAGCACUUUGUCCUGGUGGUGGUGCGAGUGCUGAGAGGACCCACGCAGGCUGACGAAUCGCCCAAGAAAAUUCAGCAGCUUAUCCAUUGCCAGUGGUGUGAGGAAAGAGUCUUCCUGAAGGAGGGCAGCAUGCUGGAGGAAAACCUGUACAGACAGCUACCAUGUGACUGCCACGGGAGCAUGCCAGGCAAGACUGCGGUGGAACUGGGGCCUCUGUGGUCAGGUUCUCUGUUUAAUACUGGGUUUCUAAGAAGGAUGUUGUUUGAAGCUGUGCAGCAUGGGAUGGAUGAGAUCCAGCCACUAGUGAAGUCGCUGAUCUGUGAAUCGGAGUGCACAACGCUGAAACAAUUCUCAAUCCCUGGGCCUGCCAGGAACGUCCGCCAAGAAUGCGGUGUAGUCAUUAAAACCUCAGAAAAAGAGGAAGAUGAACAUUCUCUGGGGAUAGGAAAGAGGAAGAUGCAGGAAGGAGCAGGAAACGUAUUGAAGAGAAUGAAAUCUGAAGUGCCAGUGGAGCAUCCAGCCUUCUACUACAGCAUUCACCGGCACAGCAUCCGGGGAAUGAACAUGCCAAAGUUAAAUAAAUUCCUGCAGUACCUGACAGAAGCUGGGUUCCGAGUGAGUCGGACCCAUUUCGAUCCAACAGGAGUCCGCACAGAUGCCACUCUGGCCCAGUUCAAGUCUGUUCUCACCAAGUACAGCGUGCCGACCUACACCACUGUCCAGACAGGGGGCCACAGCCAUGUCUCAGAAGAAGUCAAGUUGGACGUGGAGUUUGCUAGUCCAUGAAAAUACUGAACUAUUGCUAAACCUCAGAUUAAUUUAUGAUUAGGUCUAGCUGGGCUUUUGCCUGUGAAACAUACUUCAAAGGGUCAAAUUAAGCAAGUAUGCUGUCUGUAUCUCUGCUUAUAAACCAGACUUCUGAUCUGGUGUUUGAAAAGUUAUACUAAAAAGUUUAUACCUGAAAAGUUAUAUUAUAUUAUAUUAUAUUAAGGCUGAUUCAAAUAAAAUGGUAAAAGGAUUGUUUAAGCUAUUUACACAAAACUGACAUCUGGUACAUUUAGGACAGAAUAUUAGAUGGCUGUGUGAAUAUUUCAAGGCUUAAUUAUGUUAAGAUUUGCCAGCAUAGACUGAUUAUCUGAAUAUCUGUUGUUUUGCCAGGACCACCUUUUGAGUUUUUACAGAGUAAAGUUGCUGACUGAUAGUUAAUGCAUUGUUAUUUUUUAACAAGGUAUGUUUGGCCCUGAAAGAAAUCCCUUUUAAAUUGCUGCUGGCUUGAAAGUAGAUGCAUUCAUUUGUAUGUUCCUGUGUUUUCAUAAAUUUGUACAUGAAAGUAAUUGAUCGAAUAUUGCAGUGAGGUAUUCCAGUCUAGGGACAUAACCUCCAAAGCCUCAUAGCUCUGGUAUGGUGUCUGCAUUCCAUUGCCUUGCACUUGAGUGAACUCGAUGUUUUCUUACAAUUACACACCAUGCUUGAAAUGUCACCUGAAAUGUUUUCUAGGCGGUAGUAACAAUAUGAUUGUAUUUCCUAGAAAACACAGGUUUUCUGUAAUUAAAGUGCACCACAGUCUAGUCUGGUCUAGCCUAUUUUUUUUUUAAAAAUAAACUAGGAUGUAUAUCUUCAUUAGACUUGUUUUUAAGAUACGUAAGACAACCUUACAAGGGGUUAAGUAGUUGUUUACUCUGAAUGAUAAAUGCCAAAUCUAAAAAUUGGUCAUUGUUUCCUUGAAAGGCUAUUCUGUUUCUGAAGGCAUAUUACACCAGAUUCCUGACAUCCUUGAAAGUAAACCCAUUUACCAACAACAGAACAGCACUCAAUUUGAAAAUGUUCUCCACUGACAGGACUUAUUAUGGUGUUUUGAUCCUCCCUGUUUACUGUUUUUUGUUUGUUUUGAGGUGUUUUUUUGGUUUUGUUUGUAUUACAUCUUCCUGUUUGCAUACCUACUUUAUCUCAUCUGCACAUAAUUGAUGUUCAUCUGGGGUGAUCCUUGGAGGAAGCUUCUGUAAAUAAUUCUGAAAUCUCAGUUUUCAGCUUCCAAGGACUGCAAACUGCUCACAGAUCCAGUUAAUUAGCUGCAGCCCAAAGUUGCAGAAACUUCUGCUGUGAGCUUGCCUGUAUGUAGAUGCCAAGCCUGUACAUUUUUUCCUUCAUUGUGUGUAUUGCUGCAUAUAAAUGCAAUGCUAGUGGUUAAUGUGCAUAGUUUUUUUUUUUUUUUUUUUUUUUUUUUUUGUUUGUUUUUAUGGGAAUAUAGUAUAAGUUGUGCAUUUGAAAUUCAAUCAUGAAUCCUGCUUUUUAAAUGGAAAAUUUGUUAUUCAUAUACAGCUGGAACAUGAGGUCUACCUUCCACUCUUAUCAGCCAGUGCUAAUUAUUCUGCAAGAACAUUGUCAAAAUAGUUAGAACAGUUGAUAGUCCCCAUGCGUUGCUAAUGCUCAAGUUGAUAGUUAUAACAUGUUCAAAUAAAGGGAGAAUAACGUGUCUGCCGACACUUGGCACAAUAAUACCAGUAAGUACUCUCAGUAAAUAUUUUUGGAAUGGAUAUGUAACUUUAAAUAUGCAGAUGAAAUUAAACUGAACUGGUUAUGUAAAUUAGACCUUUUUUAAAAUUAUUUUUUUGUAAUGCAGAUUUACUAUAAAUAUGUCCCCCUGAAACCUUGUUUAAGAUCUCAGAUGUUGAAAUUCCAUACAUUGCAGAAAUUGUUAAAACAUUGUGCAGAGUACAAGUAUAUGGUUCCACUGCAUUUGGCUGGGACGUAAUUGUGAUGCUGGAAAAUAGCCAGUAGAGAUAAAGAUGCUUUAUACGUGUAAGAUUUGAUCCAAGGAAUGUGUCUCUUCUUUCUUUUAUCCCAUCGAAAUAAUAAAAGACCUGUGUGCUACAGCUGUUAAUACUCUC